AUGUCUCAACAACCUAAAAAGACAGUAAAUUUUUAUUCUCUUUCUCAAAAUCCUUUACUUCAACAAAAACAAAUUAUUAAUAAGCAAGAUAGAAGUUUAAACUCUUACAACCUUAAUUCUUUUAAAAAUAUAAACACUAAAUUUAUAAAUCACUACGAUGAAGAAAAAAGUACAAGUAAAAAUGUAACUCGAUUUUAA